AUGAAUGAGAAACAUCAAAGCAGAAGCAAUUCAGUAACAUUUCCACUGCCACCAUUGCAUAAUUCACCACUCAGCCAUGAUUAUCAACUCAAGAUUAAACGCAUUAUUGGCACUUCUGCCGCCGACAGGCAACAAAUAUCAGUACAAGACGAUCUAGUUGCAUAUACUGCAAGUGGUGGAGUUGUUGUUUGCAAGAUUGAUAAAGAAACUAACCUGGUGGUGAACCAGAGGUUUUUUUGUGCCAAUUCGAGCUAUUCAAAUGAAUCGAAAUUACAGCUGCUGCGUCUAGGUGCAGUAUCUUCAGCCAAUGCUUAUUUAAAUAUGAUCCAAACCGACUAUAAUCUGGAAGAGGCUGUUCGUGAUGAAUACGGGUAUCCAAUAGCCUGUCAACCAAUAGAAAUAUACGGCAACUCCUUUUCACCGGGUGAUAUAGAUGAAUAUCCCGCAAAUAAUGCUAGUCCGAGUCUUAGCGUCACCAACCAAACAUCCCCAUCAAAAUUGAAAGACAAAGUGAGGUCUAUCAAAUGCAUAGCCAUUUCUCCAAACAAACGCAUAUUGGCCAUUGGUGAAUCAGGGUAUCAACCACGAAUCCUCAUAUUUUCACUUGCCCCUAGUUCGCAACAAAGUCCCGUCAUGGCCAUUUAUGAACACACAUUUGGUAUUAGUAACUUGGUCUUCUCUUCCGAUUCAAAGUUUCUAUGUUCAUUAGGAGUCGUUAACGAUGGGUGCAUAAAUGUGUGGAGAGUAGGAUCCAAUAGUGUCCAAUUACAAGCUAGUAAUCGAUGCUCAAAUAUAAUACAUAAAGUCAUUUGGCAGGAAAAUAUCAUUGUCACCAUCGGACUACGGUUUAUCAAGUUGUGGAAAUUUGAAAAUGGUAGUACCACUAAGCCGGUAAUAUUAAAGGGGAGAAAUGCUCAUUUGGGUGAUUUCAUGAAUUCAAAUUUUAUCGAUAUGACUUUAUUAAAUGACGAUGAGAUUUUACUUGUAGCCAAUUGCAAUCAGCUAUUGUUACUAAAGUUGAGCUUUGACUCACCAAAAUUAGUACCUUUGAAAAGUCCCGACUUUGAGUUUUGUUCCUUAGUUGCCGAUGGCCCACGUGAAUUGAUUUGGUUGGGAGAUCGGGAAACAAGCUUGGCUGGUAUUUCAACUGAAAGCCUUUUCCCAAUUAAUGCAAGUGCUGUUAAACCAGUAUCAUCUCCAUCCACAGCAGUAUCUAAUAGCUUACAGCAACAAUUAUCGGGUGUGUUUGGAAUCGAACCAAGACAAUCAUUGGAUAAACGGAUUAUCCAAAUAUCAAACUUCUCAUCAGAUUAUCUCCUAUAUUUAACCACAAAUGAGGAGAUUGUAUUCAGGAGCAAAGAAUUGACCAAAACCCAACUUCUAGCGACAUCCAUUAUACGACAAAUUGGAGGAGUCAAGAAAAGCUAUGAUGGAGAGUAUCUUGCAUUUUCCAAAUCAGGCACUAUUGAGCAAUUUAAUCCAAACUCGUGUGACUUAGCUGAGAUAUUUCAAUUUGGAGCAUCUGAAGCUGAAGCUAUUGGUGACUGUCUAACCGCAAUUGAAAAAGUGGGGAAUUUAUUCGUUAUGGGGUAUAAGUUUGGAUCAUUGUACAUUGUUCAACAAGAUUGCGAUACAGCUGAAGUACUAUUUACCGUAAAGGCCCAUUCAUCAACAAUUAACGAGAUUGUCUGCUUUCAACACGGCUCAUACGAAAUAAUAUGCAGCAUAUCGAGAGAUCGCAUGAUUCAAGUGUUUGCCAAAAUCGAAUCGAAAUGGGAUUUAUUACAAACAAUACCUGUCCACAAUGGGAAUUUACUCGAGGCGAUAUAUCAUGAUGGAUUCUUGUACGUUUGUUCAACCGAUAGAACCAUAUCCAUACAUUCAAUAACUACAGAUCCUAGCCUAAUGUUGACAAAGGUUAAAUCAUUGACGUUGAAAUCAACACCAGUUACCAUGUCAAUUUUUGAUCGUGAUCUAGUGGUCUCUACAAGUGACAAGCAGGUGCUUGUAUUUGACUUGGAUAGCAAUCACGACCUCAAAAGAUCCUUAAAGUUGUUUAACGACAAGGUGAAUGAGAGCUUGCUCGUGGAAAUGAUGGAAAAGUUUCACAAUUUGUUGAUUGUUUGGUCUUCGGAUAAAUCGAUAAGAGGAUUUGACUAUAUCACCGGCCGACCAGUUGGUGUUGGCUGGGGCCAUCUGGAUUCAUUACUUGGGCUUUUUCUCAUACAUGAUAGUGUUUCCCCAGAUGCAGACCCUGAGCUUGUGACUAUUGGCAAUGAUGGAUGUUUAUUCUCAUGGCGUAUAACCGAAUCAUCAGCGACGUUAAGAUUGGGGGAAGAAGACAAUGGCAAGAUAAUAUUAGAUGACGCACUUGCUCUUCUGCCUUCACCAGUAUUUGCGAAAGUGGCUCGAAAGAUAUUACCAACGGUGCCGAAAUCUACUACAUCAUCUACAACUGCCGCAACCUCGUCUUCUCCCAAAAAGGAAAAACUUCUUGAUAGGUUGGAACAAGUAGCAACUGGUCUGAAACCUAAAGUGCAACUACCGGCAUCUUCUCCCACGCCUCAAUCUCCAACACCCAAGUUGACUGCUGCUACAUUACGCAGAAUUGAAGCUCGUAAUGGGAGUAUUGGUGGUGGUGAAACACCUAAUGCUUCGCCGAGAUCAUUAACGUCACUUUCGCCAACGCGUUCAAAGUCAGUGUCUCCAGUUAGACCCCUGGUGAAUUCUCGUCCUUCCUCACCCACGCGUGCAUCAACCAAGAACCAACCAUUCAGUGGGGGGUUAUUCAAAUUGAACCAACCAUUAUUGAACUCACGGGAUUUACCACUGCCACAACGACGUCCUCUGUCGCCUCGUACCACUCUGGAUUCAUCUGUAUCAACGAAACCAAAUGGGCCAACGUCUAAUCCAUCUAGAUCGCAAACUGUCGACAUAAGACGAAAAUCAAACUCACAAGCAAAACUGACAUCAUCUACUUCAAUGGCAUUACUUGAUAAAUGUAUCAAUCAGUUAGAUGAAUUGAUUAACAAUGUAGAUGAACUACAUGAAGAUGAAAGGAGAAUAUUACUCAAUAAAGUCAAUCAAGUAAAGUAUAAAUUAAAUGACGGUACUACUUCUACUGCCAUAUACAAUCAAGAAGAUCUUUUGAACAAGUAUAGUGAUAAAUUGGUUGAAUUAGUUGAAGCCAAACUUUCGGGUUCGUCAAUAAGCGAAUAA